CCGUAAAGGCGCGCAGUAUGCUGGGACAUGUAGUCUGGCCAGCCAUUGGACGCCCCCUCAGAUGAAUGGAGCCGGGGAUGACUGAGAACUACAGCUCUUGGGCUGGUCGCGUCGGUGGCGGCCGCGGAAGAAGAGUGGACAGAGACGGCCCUUAGGCAACGAACAGCGGGUGGUGGUGAUGUUCAGUGAGGGCUUCCUUGGAUAGCGAUCUGGAAGGGCGCUCUGCGCGCUCGCACCCUGUGCCCCGCACCGGCCAUGCGCCCGGCCUUCGCGGUGGGCCUGGUGUUCGCAGGCUGCUGCAGUAAUGUGAUCUUCCUAGAGCUGCUGGCCCGGAAGCACCCAGGAUGUGGGAACAUCGUGACGUUCGCACAGUUCUUAUUUAUUGCUGUGGAAGGCUUCCUCUUUGAAGCUGACUUGGGAAGGAAGCCACCAGCUAUCCCACUAAGGUACUACGCCAUCAUGGUAACCAUGUUCUUCACUGUCAGCGUGAUGAACAACUAUGCCCUGAAUCUGAACAUUGCCAUGCCCCUGCAUAUGAUAUUCAGAUCAGGCUCUCUGAUUGCCAACAUGAUUCUAGGAAUUAUCAUUUUAAAGAAAAGAUACAGUAUGUUCAAGUACACCUCCAUUGCCCUGGUGUCUGCAGGGAUAUUUAUUUGUACUUUCAUGUCAGCAAAGCAGGUGACUUCGCAGUCCAGCUUGAGUGAGAAGGAUGGAUUCCAGGCAUUUGCAUGGUGGUUACUAGGCAUCGGGGCACUGACUUUUGCUCUGUUGAUGUCAGCGAGGAUGGGCAUAUUCCAAGAGACUCUAUACAAACAGUUUGGGAAACACUCCAAGGAGGCAUUAUUUUAUAAUCACGCCCUUCCACUUCCUGGUUUCAUCUUCUUGGCCUCUGAUAUUUAUGACCAUGUUGUUCUGUUUAAUAAGUCUGAACUCUAUCAAGUUCCAGUCAUCAGUGUGGCUAUGCCCAUCAUGUGGUUCUACCUCCUCAUGAAUGUUGUGACUCAAUACGUGUGCAUCCGGGGUGUGUUCAUCCUUACAACAGAGUGUACCUCCCUCACCGUCACGCUGGUUGUGACUCUGCGCAAGUUCGUGAGCCUCAUCUUUUCUAUCUUGUACUUCCAGAACCCGUUCACUCCAUGGCACUGUCUGGGCACCUUGUUUGUCUUCAUUGGGACCUUAAUGUACACAGAGGUGUGGAAAAACCUAGGGACCACGAAAAGUCAGCUGCAGAAGGACGACAAGAAGGACUGAGGUCUGCCUGGGACAGACAGCCUGUGUUAUGUGUUAGAGGCCUCCGGCGCAGGUCUGGUUAUCAUUUCACUUUGGCUAAUGCAAAAUUACCACAGUAUUGAAUCCAACAGGCCCCAGAGCACCUCUGAAGGAUGAGACUCAUCUGCUCUUUCCCGGCCACCCAGGCAGCAUUUGUAGACCCUGCCUAGGCAUCCCUGAGCUAGAGUAAACAACACAAACAAGGAUACCAGGCAGACUAUUGGAUAGCCUCUGCAUCUGUGUGCCAGAACAUCAGAACCACACUUGUUGAAUUCCAGGUCCUCAGAGCCACUCGCUUUCUACCCAUGCGUGGUCUUGGAUAAGGCCACGCCCCUGUGGCUCCUGAUGGUUCCUUUGUCGUGACAGCCAUCACCCUUCUGUCCCUCUUUCCCCUCUCACCCGCCACACUUCACACUUUACAGUAGAUCUGAUGUUCCAGGCACAGUCAGGCACCGGAUGACCCAGUGGACAUGUGAGAAAUUAGAGCCCAGGAGUGAUGAGGCUGAGCUCCCUCCCGUGUGUCGGGAAAGAAGCAGAGCCCUGGUGAUGUGUGAGCGGAAUGCUGGUGAUGAUGAGCAGAUAGGAAGGACCCCCUCCCACAUUCCACUUUUUAAAAAAUCAACGCAAGGUUCACAUGAUUCUUUGACCUGCUGCUUUCUGUGCUGAGAGCAGUCCUGCAGUGUUCAUGGCACACUAGACAGGAAGAAAGAUGGGGUGGGUAGAGAAGAGGGAGGCUUUGCCAUCCAUCUCCCAUAUGACGCUCCUUAGCUGGUUACAGACAUGGGAUGGGAGUGUAGCCCAGCACAGCUCCCUCCAUCGGUACCCUGAGAGACAGCUGCCCCUGUGAAGCCAGCCACACACUCAUGUAGGUCUCAGAUAUGUCUGUGAAAAGCUGGGAGAACUGGUAAUCAGAAGACUGCUCUUCCUGGUGCUCUGAGAGUUGUCACCUGUCAGGUCACUGAUGAGCAGAUUGAUAUAUAGGUGUGAGUGUGAUGUAUAAAUCAGGUCAAACCCCACCACCAAAGAGUGAGGUCUUGUUUUCCCAUAGAUGUCGGACUGAUCUUGAUGGGUGUGGGUAGGUGAUCUUGAUGUAUGUGAGCAGAACAUGUUUACAUACAGAAACACGCCUCUUUUCUGCUGAUUGCUCUGAAGGUCUGGUUUUCCUGUCAUGGAUAAUCUUGAGAGUAACCCUGUCAGAUAGCACGUGUGUGUGUGCUUGUAUGUGCCCUCAGCUGCAUUGUAUGUGAUUGAAGAGCACGGAGGUCCAUGUCGUUUUAGUUCCUCUUUUCUCCACUCAGACCCAGACCGUCAUUGACCUCACCUAGCUCUCUGCUCCUCUGCAGACAGCCAAACUCACUGUUUCUCUUGCAUAUGGACCAAGGCCUUUCGUCCUUUAGCUAUGUGCAGACUGUGCUCUUAAGCUGAGAUGUGGCUCUCCAUGUCUCCUAGGCUCACUCUAGUUCUUAUUCCACUGUCUGAGAUACCCUUUGAUGGGUCUGAAGAGCAGCAGGAAAGAGAAGUGCCCUGAUCCUCUGGGGUCCUGGGGAGGGCAGUUAAGACUGCCUUGUUCCUUUGUUACAUUAAGUGGAGGUACUGUUUCUCCACCCGAGUCCCCAGGUUUGCAGACUGACUUGUCAUUCUGGCCGUUGACAACUUCCCAGUGCUGGUAAUGCUCUGUUCUCAAAGAUACCGAACUACAUGUGAACCCCUUCACGGGCCCAGAAGCUCCUUAGCUGCUUUGAAACAUGUGGGGUCGCUUGGGGUCGCUUGGACCAGCAUUGCUAUAAAUACCAAGUGUUAAAUGUCCCCUUCCAAGGCUGGAAUAAAAAGUACUUUUUCCUUCC